CACGCCUUUAACCUGAGUAAGUAAGACAAAUGUGUUAAUAAAUAUUACCUAUGCAAUUUUACUUCACACCAUCGCCCUCCGAGGUCAUCCGGAGGGAUGAUGGUUUACAUGUAGUAUGCCGGCUCCGCGGCAGAGGACACGUACAUUCAAAGCAAAAACUAAAAAAUUCCCUAACUAACCAGCUCUCCCCACUCUCCCACACUUCCACAACUCAGUGUUGGUUUGUACGUGGCAGAGGAAGGAACGUGCUCUCCCAUUAAAUUUUUCCAAGAUGGCAGACAAUAAGGAUAAAACUUCGGAAAUCUUGCCAAAAAGAAAACGUGAUGAGAAAGACGCUGUGUCAAAGAGGAAUAAAUUAGACGAAGAUAGCCUGAGAUCAUUGUCGCAGACAGUGAAAGAAAAUUCAGAGAAUAUUCAGGCGCUCUCGGCGUUGCCGUUAGCAAUGAAAGAACAAACAGACAAGUAGACAAACUUUUAAAACUAUUUGAAAACUAUGACCAUGAUGAGACGCUGCCUCAUAAUAACAUGUCACUUGGGGAUGACGACCCAAUUACAAAUUUGAUUUCGUCGGUGGGUGCCACCGAUAAUACAGUGAAGGAUCAAUUGGACGAUAAUGUAAUAGAAACUUCUAUGAUUGAAGAAAUUUUAAAUGCAAGUCAAGUGGAUGAGGAUUAUGGUGCCCUAGUUGAGGAUAAAAUUGCUGCUGCAUUUAAGCGUGUGCUCACCCAAGCAAUUUCAAAAGAUCAAGCAGAAAAGAUCAAAAAUGAAUUCAAAAUCCCAGAUAAUGUCAAAGAAAUGAAGUCACCGAAGGUGAAUCCUGAGAUUUGGUCACAGCUUCCAAAACGAGCACAAGCGAGCGACAAUUUGUGCAGCACUAUAUCUCAAGGGGACUGGUUGCCCAGAUGUCUGUGGCUGGUUUGCUGGCGACCAACGCCAAUAAGAUUGCACCAGAUUUAUUGAAAGAAUUGUUAUAAAAAACAAUGGAAGCUGCCACACAAUUCGGUGCAGCCCAUAGAGAAAUGAGCUUGAAGAGGAGGCAACAAAUACGGCCAUUUCUUGCCCAGGAGAGCGCUGGGAUUUGUGGAACGAGUGUACCAAUAACCGAAAAUCAGUUUGGAAAUAAUUUGGAGAAAGAUCUGAUAUUGGUACGGGCUUCAGCAAAUAUCUUGAAAAACCCUUCACCAGCGUUUCGUGGAAACUUUCGUGGUGCAUUUACUCAGGGAUCAUGGUCUUCAAAUCAAACGAAUGCAGCCGGUUCACGACCGACUUUAAACUGGAGAGGGCCUCUCCUCUCGAGGGGAGGCAGAAGACCAUUUCGAGGGAGAUCAUUCCAAACCCGGCCAACAGAAUUAAAAGUAAAUAAGAUAUCUGGUAGAUUAAAAUAUCAUUCGAAAAAUUGGGCAGAUUUGACUGACGGCAAGUAUGUACUUGAGACAAUAGCUGGUUACAAGCUUCCAUUUAUAUCUAUACCGUAGCUACAAAAUAGUUUGUAUCCUCAAGUAUUUAAUAACACUGAAGAGCAGUUUAUAAAAAACAAGAGGUUUCUCGCCUUCUUGAGAUAGGAGCGAUUUCAGUUUCUCAGGAAGAGAGUGACCAAUUUGUGUCCCCUAUUUUCACUGUCCCAAAACCAGACGGUAAAAGACGGUUUAAUUUGAAUCUUAAAAAGCUUAACAGUUAUUUAAAAUGUCCACAUUUUAAAAUGGAGGACUACAGAAGUGUUCUUAAUAUUAUUCACCCAAAUAUGUAUAUGGC